AUGGCUUUCGGCACAAACUUCAAAGUUCUUGGUACCAUGACAACCACUCUGUUACUCCUUACCGCCGUCAAAGCUAGCAUCGCAAUCCCCAGCACCGGCACUACAUCGCUGAGAGAAGAGGCGUAUAAGAAGAACAUCACGAUUGGAUCUGGAGCUAUCAACCCGACAUACCUUGAAGAUCCUAUCUUCGCAGCUAUCCUCGCUGAGCAAUUCAACAGCUUGCAUCCUGAGAAUGAGAUGAAAUGGUCUUUCAUCAACCCUUCACCAGGCCAUUACAACUGGGAUCCUAUCGACCGUCUCGUUGACUUCGCCAACGAACAUGACAUGUUGGUCAAAGGGCACGGACUCAUCUCGAGCUGCUGCAAUCCCGACUUUGUAGUCAACAUCACCAAUCCCAAAGCGUUGCGUGCCGCGAUGACGACUCAUUUCGAAGCUAUCAUGCAUCGGUACGAAGGACAAAUCGACCGAUGGGACGUGGUCACUGAGGCUCUCAAAACUAUGGGUGGAGGCUUGAAUGAGAAUGACUUCUCCAGAAAACUUGGUCCAGGCUACAUCAACGAAGCUUUCCGCAUCGCACGGGCUGCGUCCCCUGGAGCCAAGUUAUACAUCAACGAAAACCAAGUAGAAGUGCUUCCCGGCAAGCGUCAAGAGCUCCAAGAUCUGGUUUCUGGACUCGUUGCAGACGGCGUUCCAAUCGAUGGAGUUGCCCUGCAGAUGCACAUCACCGAAGUGGCUCCGGUACCCGGCGUGAUAACCGACAUGGUUCGUUUCUACAAAGCGCUCGGGCUGCAAGUCGAGAUCGCUGAAAUGGACGUGCACACACUCAAUAAAACACUCGAGACUCAGAUCUAUGGUGCCGUCAUUAAGGAGGCUUUGGAGGCAGGAAUUACCGAUAUCAACUUCUGGGGCUUUACUGAUAAGCAUGCUUACACUUGGGUGCCAGGCGCAAAGCCCCUCAUGUUUGAUGAGAACUACAAACCAAAGGGAGCUUUCUAUGCGACUCAUAGUGCUCUAGAGGAGUUUGUCGACGAAUGCUAG